AUGAGAAGUGGGGAAGUGAGUCUCAUAACCUAUGAGGCGAACAGAUGGCUUGCGGACACGGUCAUUGCGUCGAGGAGGCGGCGGAGAGGCGACAGGAGCAGGUGGCUCAAUAGGGGAAGGACUAGGGACGUCGGCCGUGGAGGAGGGUGGAGCAUCCUCGUCGUCCUCGACCGAAGAGGUAGCUGCAUCGUCCGCGGCGGAAGGGGGACGAGCAGGCGAGGCCGCCGAAUCCGCAGCCGGGGUGGGAGAGCUCACGGUAGCGGGGUUAGUAGAAGAAUUAAGGAGUCCAGGGGCGACAUGUACUAA